AUUCAUGCCACAAACCGCAGAAUUAUUUCCAAGGCAUAGUUAUUAAACACUAAUCUUUAAGUAAUUAUAGAUCUACGACGAAUAUGAAAUUCUUGAUUACCCAAUGACUACUUCUAGAUAAUUAGUGAUGUGUAGUGUCUAUUUUGUUAAACUGGUAUAUCCUGGUUGCUAUGUUAUACAUUUCCAAACAUUCGAAAUAUCAAUAGGCUAGUUACACUCUUCAUGCUAGAAAACAGAAACUGAUACUUCAAGAGGUAUUUACGAAUUAGCAUUAUUAUACCUUCUAGAAGAGCCGAAACUAUGAGAAACAAACAUAUUUUACUACUGGUGUGGAUGUAUUUACUGUAUAAAAGUUUGAUUGAAAUAAAUACAAUAAGGGGACGAAACUCAGAUAUUGUACAUGUGCACAAGGAAGUGGACCGUGCUGGUAAUAAAACGGCACCGCACAUUUUGUUAAUCAUUUCUGACGAUCUUGGAUUUAACGAUGUUGGAUAUCAUGGUUCCGAAAUUAAGACACCAAACCUAGACACUUUGGCAAUGACGGGGGUCAGACUAGAAAAUUAUUAUGUUCAACCCGUUUGUACGCCAACAAGAGGCCAAUUACUCACUGGCAGAUACCAGAUUCAUACAGGCCUUCAUUGGGUUUUAUGGCCUGCAACUCCAGCAGGUUUGGCUCUUGAUAACCCUACCAUCGCCGACAAGCUUAGAGAUACUGGCUAUGCUACACAUAUGGUGGGAAAGUGGCAUCUUGGUUUCUAUAAAGCUGAUUAUUUACCAACCCGUCGUGGUUUUGACACAUAUUUUGGAUUUCUUAGUGGUCAUUCCGACUACUACACGCAUGUGACAGGAAACUACCAAGAGAAGCAUAUGUUCGGAUUCGACCUUAUGGAGAAUGACCGACCAGCAAACAUAUCGAAAUACAAUGGUACUUACUCAACAUAUUUAUUUGGCUCAAAAGUAAAAGACAUCAUAAAUGGACAUGACCUUGAAAAGCCGAUGUUCAUCUACAUAUCAUAUCAAGCUGUCCAUGCACCAUUGCAAGUUCCAGAAAAAUACGUAAAACAGUAUAGCCAUAUUAAGGAUACAAACAGGAGGCAGUAUGCAGGAAUGGUGUCAUGUAUGGAUGAGUCCAUAGGUGAGAUAGUGGAUACUAUGAAGAAGCGUGGGAUGUGGGAAAACACACUGUUUAUCUUUACCACAGACAAUGGUGGAAACCCAACCGUUGGAGGAAGCAACGUGCCGCUUAAAGGAACAAAAAGUACAUUAUGGGAAGGGGGAAUACGUGCUGUUGGAUUCGUUCACAGCUCUCUCAUAGGCAACAAAAGAACUGGCUAUAUUUCGAAUGAGCUCAUGCAUGUUACUGACUGGUUUCCUACACUCGUCAGUCUGGCUGGUGGUGAUUUGAAAGGCAUUAAACAUUUAGACGGAUACGACCAAUGGAAAACUAUUAAAUAUGGUAUUCGAAGUUCACGGCAGGAAAUACUUCAUAACAUUGACCCUUUCUAUAACAAUACAUCUUAUACAAGAAGAUCUUCUAUGAGAAUAGGUGCAUGGAAAAUUAUAAUUGGACAGCUAGGUCCAGAUUCACAAAAGAAACAGUCUAGUGAUCUCAAAAACGUCUGCCUGUUCAAUAUUGACAGCGAUCCAUUUGAACAGAUCGAUUUGUCCGAACAUUUCCCCGAAAUUGUACAAAAUAUGCUUCAAAGGCUUGAAGAUUAUGAGAGAGGUUCAGUUUCAUGUCAAAUGCCUGGAAUUGAUUCGCGUGCAGACCCUAUACAACAUGGUGGAUUUUGGCAACCGUGGCAAUAAAGCGAAAUGUUGCUUGGUCCCAUUCAGAACGUCAGUGACACAACAGAAUAUUUGAAAUCUUUCUCAAAUGCUUUUUUUUUAUUUCAUCGGUUCAAGCUAUUGAUAUACAUGACAUUUGAAAUUAUUUUUAUCGCCAACUCUUUUCAUUACGAACGCUUUUCAUUAGUUUGUAUCAAUUUGCAAAACAAAACAUUAAUCCAUAACAAGAUGGUAAUCGCAGAAAAGGAACAACAUAUUUUGUCAUUAGGAUUUUAAUGUUUUAAUGGAAGAAGAUGAUGACUAAAAUUUCAAUCAAUUCAGACAAUAAUAGUGAAUCUUUUAUGGUACUAUACGUAAUGAUGCCAGUAAAAGAAUGAAUCUUAGAAGCUUGAUAUCUGAGUAGCUUUAUUCAAAUGGAUGGUACUUCAUCACUUGAAUUUACAACUGAAGCAAAAACUAAACAAUAAAUAACACGCGUAGAAGGUAAUAACAAAUUUGUUAUUUAACAGAAUAACUAUGAAAAUAUGAAAACCUUAGAUAUUUGAAAGCCUCAGCUUUUAGAACUAGUAUUCAUCAUCGGCUAUUCUCAAGAAAUAUGAUAGUUUAAAGUAGAUUUAAGUAGAAAUGUGCACAGUAGUAAGUUAAUCGAACAGCAAAUGUAUGAAACAGAAGAUGUGGUAACCACACAGGACGCCAAACACGACAAAAAUGAACAUGCCGCAGAUUCGAUGUGAUUGAGACUGGUCUGGACGCUAGUGGAAAUGCUGACUUCCGUCCAUGCCUUUUACCACAGAGUUGAAGUUGAGGUAUACUUAAAACAGUAAUAAUAUGAACCUACAAUUAAAACAAUUUAUUUAGAAAAAAUAACAACAUCAUUUUCCUUUUACUUUGACUUCCUGCAUCAAAUUUUUAAAGAUAUUGCUUUAUAUUCUUGAUUCCACAGUUUUAUCUAAACUUGAACUUUUUUGUAUUGACCCAUAACUCCUUUCCAAUCAAAUCAGUUCCAAAGUGUUUGUGUAAAUUAAAUGCAAUCUCCUGUACAAAUAUCGCAACAAUGAGAUGCUGCUUAUAAAUUGUCUUAUUAUUACAUACUUAAAUUCAAAUACACUAACUUUUGACGUCAAAUUGCUGUGCUUUACUAUGGGUAAGUUUUCGUAAUUGUUUAUCUUUGAUACUUGGAUGUCUGCACUAUUUUGGUUUACGUUUCCGUUUAACUGUGAUUAGGAUUCAUCCUUGUUCAUCCCGCCCGCUUAGCGUCGGUCAACGGAUUGCGGGGUCCUGAGUUCGAUCCUCGGGCGGGGCGUAUGUUCUCCGUGACUAUUUGAUAAAUAUUAUUUAUUGUAAAUAAUUUUUUUUUGUUGGGCGGUAUUGUAAAAUGCAGGUUAUGGCAUUAAGUUCAGGCACACACUAAUAGCAGUACGAGUCUGCAGUUUGCAAUAUGUGGCGGAUUAGUUGUACCCAACAUUUGAUUUACAUGCAUAAUAGUUGCAGACAAUAUAAUAAUGGGUGUAUUAAGUGCCAUAUUAUUUUAUAAGUUUGAUGUUCAUCUCUUUGCACUAUUAUGCAGUUAUAUAAUAAUAUUGUCAUUUGUUAUUAAAAUGACAUGUUUCAAUUCAUUUGGUCUUUUUUGUUUAUGUAAAUCAAACAGAGAAAAACUACCAACAUAUAUCGGCAGACAUAAACGACACUGUGUCUGAAAUAAUUAGUCCUCCACCUCUGAUUCAUGUGGGGAAGUUGGCAGUUACUUGCAGAGAACAGGUUUGUACUGGUUCAGAAUCCAGGAACACUGGUUAGGUUAACUGCCCGCCGUUACAUGACUGAAAUACUGUUGAAAAAACGACGUUAAACUCAAAACAAACAAACAAAUUCCUUGUUCUAUUUUCCCCUGCAACCUCCUCCCCCAUCCCGACCCCCACUCUUUCUACCGCUUACCCCUUCCUACCCUUCUGUCUAUAUUUUUGAAGCAACCCGUUUGUAAUUUUUUUACCGUUACAGCUUCUUUUUGUUGCCCCAAACUGUAAAUACCACAGACUUCUUAUUUAUGUCAACAAACCCCCUUCAUUCUUCAGUUUUCUCAGUUAUAUUACUUCUUUCAGUUUAUAAAUGCAUUAAAUUUAAUAUUAUGCUUAAAAAAACACGAUACAUGAACUGUAUUUAUCAGUUUACAGGCAUGUUAAAUGAAUAGUUUAACGACUGUU